AUGGAUAUAUUCCAGUUUUUUAAAUUUCUUGCCAAAAAAUUCAAUCGAUCUUUUAUUUUAUUUCUUAUUAUCAUCACUAUUAUUUGGGUAGAAUAUUCAUUCUUUGAUGGAAAUAAUGAAGGACCCAGCAAUUUAGUUAAAAAUCCAAAGCUUAUUAAUAAUAAUGUGAAAAACAAUAAUAAAGAAUACAAUUCAGAUUCCAUUAUAUCUAAUCGUCAGAAUGUGGGAAAAAACAUCGGUCUUGUCGGAUUUCCUAUAAUAUCUAAUUUAAUUAAAACUAAAGACACAUCUAGCUUUGUUCCUAAAAGCAAUUCCCGUUUAGUUUCAUUAUUUCAGGUCGGAAUGGGAACAAAUCCACAAUUCAUUAAUGUAAUUCCUGAUAUUACUUCUAAUGAAUUUGUGGUAACCAAUCAAUUUUGCCAAAGACAAUUAAGUUGCAAUAAUCGUAAAAAUGUCUUUAAUUCGGGACUUUCAAAAACUUUUAGACCCUCCAUCGGUCAAAACAACGGUCCAGUAAAAUAUUUGGAUGGAUCCAGCAUUUCUGGGUCAAUUGGUAAUGAUUUUAUUACAUUUAGUCAAUCUAAAUCUAAAUUUCAGGCAGACAUCCUCUUAGCUAAGCAAAUAGAUGGUUCUUUUCGGACACAAGCUGCAGUUGAAGGAAUUAUGGGACUCUCACGUGAAUCUCAGUCUAAUUUAGAUCAAGUUAUUGGAUUUGCGCUUCCAUUAGGUAAUUGCGAUGUUGGCUCGAUCGCACUUGGAGGAAUAGAUAAUAGGUUCAUUAAAGGGCCUUUGUAUAGCUUAUCAAUGUCAAAUGCAUCGAAAUCGAUGCAUUCAAUGAGAAUUAACGCGGCAUAUGUUGGAGGAAAACCUGUUAAUGUAACUGCAAUUGAUUCAAUUCUUGAUACUAAGAGUGACAGAAUUUCUCUUGGCAAGGCUUCUGGCGAUUUCUUUAGAUUGUUAAAUGCUACUAAAUCACUUGAGGGAUGGAAAGUGCCAAACCCUGUAGAUAUAUCAUUUGAUAUCACAUUGAAUGAUAACCAAAUAGUACAACUUACACUGUCAAAUAAUACAAUCUGUGAUGGUAACAUAGGAUCAGUAAAAGAUUGUAUAUCAAUUUUUGAUGAUGGAUCUGGACCAUUAAAUACAUGGACAUUUGGGACGUCAUUUCUUCAACCUCCUCAACCUCUUCAAACUCCUAAGCCUUCUCAAUCAGCAACUCAAUCUCCAGCUGCAGUUCAAUCCACAGUUCAACCUACUACUCAACAAUCCGUAGUUCAGUCUAGUGCUACACAGCUUACAACUCAACUACUCACAACUCAGUUUAAUACUACUCAACUACUCACAACUCAGUUUAAUACUACUCAAUUAACCACAACUCAGUAUAACACUACUCAAUUAUCCACAACUCAGUAUAAUACUACUCAAUUUAAUACUACUCAAUUAUCCACAACUCAAUUUAAUACUAUUCAAUUUAAAACGCAGCUAUUCACAGUUCAACCUAAUACUACCCAAUCUACUAUCAUUCCAACUAUUACCAAUUUCAUCAAUCCAGAAAUUGUAGUUAUAGAUCUAAGGCCGUUUCCUAUGGAAAUAGUCAGACUCGAUUGA